GUAGGGCUUUACCCCGGAGGGAGCCCUUCCAGAAAUUCUCGAAGGCCAGGGUCGAGCCCAGGCCUAAGAGGGGGUUUGGAAAUAGUUUUCAACCAGCAAUAGACGCGCCUCGGUUAGUACCUCACUAGCUGCGUCAUUGCCCCAAGCGCAAAGAUACUUACCUCCAUCAUUUCUCUUUC